AUGCGUAUAUCAUUUAUAUUAUUUAUAUGUUCGGUGACCUACUUGAGUGUGAAGGCUUCACAUUUAGUGCUAGGGAACGUGUCUGACCGCGUCGUUUUGGCAAAUCAAACGAAAGUCGAAUACGCGGGUUUCCCAUUUAUGAAGAGGGUGAAAUUUUUCUUUUACAACACACCAGACAACCGACCUAUCAGGGGCAUUCAAGCUUUGGACCCACUUCACACGAAAUCAUCUGUCAAUGUGACAGCCGGCGGCGUCGGCUUCCCGUUCGUCAACUUGCGUAUGAAGAGUGAACGCGGUACAACUAUGGUGUUCGAUAUAGGAAUAUAUGUUGAUCCUGACUUACGUUACUAA